AGAAAACACACGGCGUUAACAAAUACCGUGAAAUAGAAUAGAAGACGUGCAGGUUUAAAAGUCAAAUACUGAAUGCGGCGAAACCGUUAAUAACAGUGCAGACAACCUCCGUUCCAAGUCGCAGCAAAACCCGACAACCCACCUGAAAGAGAGAGAAAGAGAGUAGUGAAUAGCAGUCAAAGACAUAUAUACCCCGACACAACACACCUUGCUUUCUUUCCAUCAACAAAACAACAUCAAAUAAAAACCACAAAAUCAAAAUUCAUGGUAGAAUCAUAAACUCAACAAUCCAAAAGUUGUCGUGCACUGUCAUGGAAGAGGAAGAAGCGAUGCAGCAACGAGUCACAGACUCGUCCCUGACCACCCAUUCACUCACUUCCAUAGCUUCCGACGAAGAGCAACUCGACUCGGAAACCCUAUCUCUUCAUUCUUCUGCGCUCCCGCACGAAGACGCUGUUGCUCAUAUUCAAAGAAGCUAUACCGCUAGUAAGCUUGGCCAAGAUGAGAGUAAGGAGUCAGCUCAACAUUGUGAUGAGAAAACUAUUGUAAAGGAGACAGUAGAGGCACCUCAAAAACAGACCGAAAAUCAAGUUCAGAUGUCUGUUUGUUCAACUUCAUCGUCUAAACUAUCACCAGCUCCUCCUAAAGCUAAUAAUGUAAAAGUGCAAAAUGUGGACAAAGGAACUCCUUCUGGUCGUACAACCUUAUCUUCAGUUUCUGUUUCUACUGCAUCUGAUGGAUACAACUGGCGGAAGUAUGGUCAGAAACAAGUGAAGAGUCCUACUGGUUCUCGAAGUUAUUACAGGUGUACCCAUUCAAAUUGUUGUGCUAAGAAGAUUAAAUUUUGUGACCAUUCAGGAUAUGUGAUAGAGAUUGUUUACAAAAGUCAACAUAGUCAUGACCCCCCACACAAAAUUGAUUCUACAAAGGAAAGUAAAUUCUUGCCUUACAGUGAACCUAAAAUAAAAUGCAGUGUUCCAAAGCAGUCUAGCAGAGUUCAAAUUGAUUCUGAUCCAUCUUCUCCAAAAAAACCUUUAUAUGAAUCACCUUGCAGUGCUAAUAAGAAUCAAGAAAACUCAUCCAAUGAUGAGAAUGGCAAAGUUUUCUUGAAGGAAGAGCAUGUUAGUGACCCUGAGCCAAAAAGAAGAUUGAACAAACGUGAUUUAACAUGCUUGGAUUCAGCAAUAAAACCUGGAAAGAAACCAAAGUUUGUUGUACAUGCAGCAGAGGAUAUGGGGAUAUCAAGUGAUGGAUACAGAUGGCGCAAAUAUGGACAAAAAUUGGUGAAGGGAAAUCCACAUUUCAGAAACUACUACAGAUGCAGUUCUGCUGGAUGUCCUGUGAGAAAGCACAUUGAGAGUGCUAUGGAUAACACAAAAGCUGUGAUUAUAACAUACAAGGGAGUGCAUGAUCAUGACAUGCCUGUGCCCAAGAAACGACAGGGUCCACCAAGUGCUUCCGUUGUGGCUGCUGCAGCUCCUGCUUCAAUGAAAAAUUUGCAGUUCAAAAAAAGUGGGUUGGAACAAAACCAGGAAACUUCUUCUGCUCAAUGCUCAGAGGACACAGAAGAUGAAGCAUUGGACCUUGGUGGUGAGAAAGCAAUCGAGUCAGCUCGAACUCUUCUAAGUAUCGGCUUUGAAAUUAAACCUUGUUGAAUGCAUCUUUCAGAAAUCAUACACAACAUGGAAGAAAGCUCAUUCCAAAAUAUAUUAUAUACGUUUUAAAAAGUUUGUUCUGAAAAUUUUAUGAGAAGUUUCCAAAAUGCAUUUUACG